AUGGAAUGGAACAAUCAUAAGCAAGAGUUGAAUCUGGAUCCUAUUUUCCCUAGCUUUGGUCUGAUCCCUGAGACCGCUACACCUAAUCAGGAGGACAUGCCACCGCUCCCGCCCCUUCCUCCUAUGCAAUGGCGUAUUGGAAAGGCUCCACAAUCUUUUCUUCCUAACUUCAUGGGAGAAAUAGGCGAAACCAGUAGUUCUGCUCCGUCAGCCGCACCACCCUUGGGAUCGAGCUUGAAUGUUCAAAUGGGGUCAACACCAGAGCUGUCUGAAUCUCUAGUAAGGGAGAAAUCAGAACAACUUCCUGGAGAGUCUAUGACCAGUGAAUCAGAAAAUCCAUUGCAUUCAUCCAUUCAGUUCUCAUCCGUUGCCACUGAUUUGAAUAGUCAUUACGACAGUUUUGGCCCUCAGGGAACUCAGCCAGCGGAUCUUUCCACUGAGCUCCUUGCCAUUCCUAACCACGGGAGUAUAGUGGAUGUUGGUUCUGAAGAGAACAAUCUUUUGGCUGACCAUACUUCUCAGAACCAAGAGCUCAUUUCUUUACAAGAGUCGUCAUCGCAGAUGCCUCAGGAUCCUUCAGCUAAAGAAGAAGAUUUGGAAGACGACACAGAUGUGCAGGUUUCAGAAACCUCAAGAGGUCAGAAAGAUUGUCCUGAAACCGAAGCGUUGACACCACCUCAGUCAGCAAAGGUAGAAGAUAAUGGCCAUUCUGAUCCUGAUGCUUCAAAUGCAGAAACCGCAGAACCAUCAAACUCUUCGGUUCAGAAGAUGACUCCUGCCUCAGUGGGAGAUGCUAUGUGGCCUGUCAACGCAUUCACUGUUGCACCUACAUUGGACACAGAUAGACUAGAAGAGGUCCCUAUGGUUAAACUUCCCCGUCCAAGAAGUCCGCUUGUCGAUGCCGUUGCAGCUCAUGACAGACGCACGUUGAAGAAAGUCUCCGAGAGGGUCCAACCACCAAUCAAAUCAAAGCAAGAUGACAAAGAUUCAUUGCUUGCGCAAAUACGAAACAAGUCCGUUAGUCUGAAACCUGCUGUAGCGACGCGUCCAAGCAUUCAAACUGGUCCUAAAACGAACUUCAGAGUAGCUGCAAUCUUAGAAAAAGCAAACACAAUACGCCAGGCAAUGGCUGGAAGCGAUGAGGAUGACGAUUCAGAUAGUUGGAGUGAUUCUUGA